AUGUCGUCUUCCACCCCCGCCACAGACACAGACACAACGACGGCGACAGCCUCGGCCAACGACCUCCUCUCCGCAAUCCAAACCCGCCGCUCGUGCUACACGCUGACCAAGACGUCACCCAUCCCGGACUCGCGGAUCCGCGAAAUCGUCCAAGCGACAAUCACGCACGCGCCCUCGGCGUUCAACGUGCAGUCGACGCGCGCCGUCGUCCUGGUCGGACGGGAACACGAGAGGCUGUGGGACAUUGGCGACGCGGCCCUGAAGGAGGCGAUGCCCGAGCAGGCGUAUGCCGGGUUGGCGGGCAGGCUUCGGGGGUUCCGCGCCGCGUACGGCACCGUGCUGUGGUUCGAGGACCAGGCGGUCCUGGAUGCGCUCAAGGGGAAGAAUCCCGCGCUGGGGCACGUCGUUCCGCAGUGGUCCGCCCACUCCAACGGCAUGCACCAAUUCAUCGCGUGGACCGCGCUCGAACUCGAAGGUCUGGGCUGCAACCUCCAGCACUACGACUUCAUGCCCGCCUUCACCGAGCGGGUCCUCACCCAGUGGGACCUCCCCGCGACGUGGACCCUGCAUUCGCAACUGGUCUUUGGCGCGCCGGUCGACGGCCUCCUCGAGAGGAGUCGCGAGAGGACCUAUCUGCCCCUGGAGGAGAGGGUAAGGGUGUUUGGUUGA